CUCGCCAACGAGCGCACAAUCCUAGCGUACAUCCGUACGUCGCUCAACAUGGUGAUAUGCGGCCUCUUGCUGCUGCAAUUGAGCAAGUACGUCGUCGUCGCUCCGAUCAACGGCAUGCGGAACCACGCCGCCCUCGACGACACGCAGCAACAGAUCUACGACGACGUGAUCCGCAUCCUCGACUGCGUGUACCGCUUCUCCAAGCCCUUGGGCGGUCUCCUCCUCGCCAUCUCCCUCGCCACGCUCGUGUUCGGCGGGCUGCGAUACAUGCGCAUGUUCCAACUCCUCUUUUCCGACCACGACGUCUUCGAGAGCGGCUUGCUGGUCAACUUGGUCAUCUUCUUCAGCGUGAUUGCCUCCGUCGUCUUGGCCUUUGUAUAUACCUAUAAACUC